CAACAUCCUGGAUUGUUAACAAAUCAGCUAACUUCCUUGUAUUCGGUUCAUUUACUUCUUGUUUGCACUAGUCAAUUAGAAUUAAGAUCCAAACGCAACAUGUUCGCUAUCCAACCUCAGCAACAGUCCUCAGGAUCAGAACACGCGAAUUCGACAAAGACCGUUACUCCCAAUAUUCUUCCUUGUCGAAUUCAUUAUGAUGGUCCCGUUGGAACCCUGGGCCGCUACUGGAAGUCUGAAUCUGAUGAAAAAGAUACAAACCUACAAACUGCCUACUUCCGCGGCCGUAAGCUGCGAGGCCGACGUGUUGCGAUUCCAGAGGGUUACGAAGGGAUUGUUGCGCUCCCAACAGAGCGUGUGAUGCCACCGACCCAACGCAACGCAAACUCUACGAUCAGCGAGGAAACGGAACAGGAAGAGCCAGUCAAGAUCCUGGAGAAACAAGCUACUUUCAAUGAAUAUGUGGUGUGGGGUCACGAACUGACCCCUGCGGCGGACGACUCCUUCGUCAAGGGAGUUGAAGAGUGGCUGAAACUGGCUGAAGCGAUGCAUUGCCAGCCUAAUGACGAAAAGAAGUCUUCAUGAACUCGGCCCUGGUUUAUCUGUGGACAUCCUACGCGACGAAACCAUUUUGGUAUAUAGACACUUCCCUGUUGAACACGACUCUGGUCUUUACAGGGUACUCUCCUUAGAGAAAUUGCAGCGGCGCCUGACAAGAUGCGGCCGCACUUGUUUGACACGUUGGCCAGCCGUCGCACAUUGACAUCCUCAUAUCACCAUGGUGAUCUAUGGUGAAUGGUGCUUGACGCAUGAUCAUCUAUCAAUGGUGAAAUAUCCGCGAUCCUGCUUAUGACCGCCAUGAGGAUUUCAAUCCGGCUAGAAAUAUGCCUCCAUCCAAUUUCUACGUACAGAAGCACUUAUUGGCGGCUCGGUUCCUUGCUUUGCUUUCUCUAGCGUGCGCGGCAUCAUUCUAUUACGACGUGCUGUCCGGGAGCCACAUACAGUGUCAAAAGAGACUAUACUGCUAGCAUAUAGACAAAUCAUAUACUUUCC